UAAAUUAAUAAAUAUAUUAUUAAAUAAUGUAUAUAAAUUAAUACUUAUAACAAUAAUAUAUAUUUGAGCAGCAUUUGAUACAUUGAGGAACACAAACUUUGGAAUAUAUGGUUAUACUAUAUGUUCAAAUAUAAUCUCAAAUUAUAACAAAUAGUGAAUAAUGGAAGAAAUUCGAAAAUCUCGUGUUAUUCUUGAAGAAUAUGGUAUACCAAAUGCUUCUGAAUAUACACAUUAUCAACCUCAACAGGAUUGGAACUUACAUAAUUUUAAAAAAGAAUUCAAAAUACAAGUUAUAAGAGAAUCUGAAGAUAAUAGAGAAUUAGAAUUUGAUUUAAUAGGUUAUCCUGUUGGAUUUGCUAAUGCAUUUCGUAGAGUUCUUUUAAGUGAAGUACCAACCAUGGCUAUAGAAAAAGUUUAUAUUGUGAAUAAUACAAGUUUGAUUCAAGAUGAAGUUUUAGCUCAUAGAUUGGGUUUAAUACCACUUCGAGCUGAUCCAAGAUUAUUUGAAUAUCCUUCUUCUACUGCUAAAGAUCAAGAUGAAGUUAGUGAUCAAGAUACAUUAAGAUAUGAACUUAAAAUAUCAUGUACUUGGAAUUCUCAAGCACCUAAAGAUUCUCGAAGGACAAAUGAUAUGUAUAGAAAUAGCAAUGUAUAUAGUAGAGAUAUUAAAUGGGUUCCUAUUGGACAUCAAGCAGAACUCUAUCCUCGAGGAACAGAACAAUUAGGUGUUUUAGAAAAUGAUAUUUUAAUAUGUAAAAUGCGUCCAGGACAAGAAAUUCAUGCUUUUAUGCAUGCAGUCAAAGGAAUUGGGAAAGAUCAUGCUAAAUUUUCUCCUGUAGCUACAGCAUCAUACAGAUUAUUACCAGAUAUACAAAUAAUAAAACCAGUAAAAGGAGAAAUGGCAGAUCGUUUAAAAAAUUGCUUUAGCAUAGGUGUUAUAGAAGUAAUUGAGAAUAAACCUGGUGAUCCAGAUUCUCGUGAAGCAAGAGUAAAAAAUCCUCGCUAUGAUAGUUGUUCUAGAAAUGUGUUUCAGCAUGAGGAUCUUAAAGGAUGUAUACGAUUAAGUAGAAUAAGAAAUCAUAUUAUCUUUACUAUUGAAUCAGUGGGAACAUUAUUACCAUCUGUAUUAUUUGUAGAAGCAAUUAAGAUACUUAAAGGAAAAUGCAAAACAUUUUUAGAAGAACUUGAACAUAUUGGAAAAUAACUAAAAUUGAUAUUAUAUUUAAUUAUAAUAAAAAAUAAUAAAUAAAUAAUAUAUAAUAAUAAUAAAUAUUUUUUAA